AUGAACUCUAUCAAGUUAAUCGUCAAUUCUUUUGACAAUCUACUUCCUGGAAAGGGCUAUGAUGUCCCACCUACUGGUGAUGAUGAACGACUGGGAAAAGAAGAAGAAGGGGAGCAAGAAAAGACAUCGGAGAAUAACAAUAUUGAGAUAGAAAGUUUAAACGCGAUCAAAGGACCGUGCAGACUUCCCACAACCAGAGAGGAGACCCCGCAAGAUGACUUGGAUGGUGAAAUAGAAGACAACGAGGCACUAGAAGAUGUCGAAGAGGAAGAGGAACUUGAAGAAAAUGAUGGCAAUGAGGAAUUCAAUCUAACAACAGAGUCGACGAGACCGACACGCAAAUCACCACCAAUAACUGCUAAGCAUUCGCUGAUUGUGAUAUUCUUUCUUCAAGUUGGUAAGAUCCUCUAUUUCUUUCCAAAUUACCUCGUCAUUAAACCCAUUUCAAUUUUGAUCAAUCUUAUCAUUUUCCCAUUUGUUCUUGUUAAGAUGUCAUUAGGAUUUGGUCCAAAACGAUUAAAGAAAGAGCGACCAUACAGUGAAAAAGUUGACUCAUUUGUCAGUAUUGAUGAUUCCAUAGUUACACGUGCACCUCCGAUACCAUCACCAACCAAAGCGAAAAUCAAAUUGACUCCACGAUUAGAGUCAGAUCCAGAUGAGUAUGAUGAUGCAAAAGUUGAACAAAUCAAACAAGAUAACCUACUAGCAAACGAAGUCAAAUCACCGUCAUCCUUUUCCAAGUACAUGAUUCCUCCUCCUCAACGUCUAUAUCCAUUAUCAAGAAAUCCACAACGUAAACGAAAGAAAAAAGUACUUAUACUAGACCUAGAUGAAACUUUAAUCCAUUCACUUUCAAGAGGUGGUCCAAGAACCUUCAACCCAGCAUCCAAAUCCAAAAUGAUUGAAAUUAAAUUAAACAACGUAUCGUCACUAUAUUAUGUUCAUAAACGACCCUUUUGUGACUACUUUCUCACCCAAAUUAGUCAAUGGUUUGAACUCCAAAUCUUCACCGCCAGUGUUAAAGAAUAUGCUGAUCCAAUAAUAGACUGGCUCGAAGAAGAAAUUAUUGAUUCAUUAAAGAAAAAAGGCAAACAACACAAGAUUCAAUCAAGUUCGGACUAUGUCAAACCUCACAUUUUCACUAAGAGAUAUUAUCGAUCAGAUUGCACUUAUCGACCUGGAGUAGGAUACAUAAAAGACUUGUCAAAAUAUCUCCGUGAUGAUGAAUUGAAAAAUGUCAUGAUUUUGGAUAAUUCUCCUAUAAGUUAUGCUAUGCACGAAGAUAAUGCUAUUGGGAUUGAAGGAUGGAUUAAUGACUCUAAUGAUCGAGACUUAUUAAAUUUAUUACCGUUGUUGAAAAGCUUAAGUUUAUGUAUUGAUGUUCGGUUUAUUUUGGGGUUGAAAAAUGGAGAAAAAUUGCUUGAAAUGUAA